UUUGCUGCCGGUCCAAUUUCUUUGUGUGGCCGACGCGCUCAUUUUCCGUCGGGUUGUGUGGACUCACGCACAGCCGGCAUAAUGUCAUUAACAUUUGUGCAACCACAACAAAAAAAGGGGCCUGCUCCCAACCAGGCGACCAUUCAAAAGAUGCUGGAUGAGAACAAUCAGUUGAUACAAGCUAUUGUUGACUACCAAAAUAAGGGGAAAUCUUCAGAAUGUUUACAAUUCCAACAGAUGUUACACAGGAAUCUGGUGUACCUAGCCACUCUGGCCGACUCCAGCCAAAACAUACAAGCACUUCUGCCGCCUCCGGGUCAGUUAAACCCUGGAAUGAAUCAGCAGCCGCAACAACAGCCUCCAAACUCACAGAUGAACCAGAUGCGACCCCCAGGUCCAAUGCAGAACCAGAUGAAUUCUGCGGGUGGGCCAGGCAGUGGUAACCAAAUGAUGACACCAAGCAGUGGAGGAAACAUGACCCCUCCCACAAGUCAGGGCAUGUACCCCCAGGGAUCUGGCGGGUCAGGCCCACCGCAGCAGGCAAUGUCGGGGUCUGGUGGUUACCCACGCCCCCAGCAACAGAUGGGCCAACAGCCCAUGGUGUCCCAGUCUGGUUCUUACAGACAUUCAGACAAGAAAAUUGUCCCACUCGACAAGCCACAUCGUCACUCGACUCAAAAAGACACCCACAGUGACGUCAACAAACAUGGCUUGCCCAAAAUAGAUCAAAUGCCAUCUGGUAUGUCCAACACUCAAAACUACAACAUGCAGCAACAGGGUGGAUAUCCCAACCAACAACAGCCGAUGAUGUCCCAGAAUCAGCCCAUGAUGCCUCAGCAACAGUCCAUGAUGUCACAGCAACAGCCUAUGAUGUCGCAGCAACAACCAAUGAUGUCACAAAAUCAGCCCAUGAUGUCACAACAGCAGUCAAUGAUAUCAGGCCAGUCCACUGGUCAAAGUGGCUCGAUGAUGAAUCCUCGACAAAUGCAGGGAGGCUACAGACGCCCUGGUUCAGGCCAGUAUGGACAACAACAGAACUUUUCUGGACAACAACAGUAUCCAAAUCAAAACUCUUACAACCAGGGAAGUCAAGGACAACAGAAUAUGCCCCAGCAAGGUCAGGCUUACAACCAGAACUCCAACAUGCCACAGUCACAGUAUCCGGGUUUCCAGGGACAAAACCCCCAGCAAAGAUUCAACCCGUACAUGCGUAACCAGGGCAACAUUCCUGGAAACCAAAUGUCUGGAGGACCAAUGGUGAGUCAAGGUCAAAGUUCAGGACCGAUGCCAGCCACCAUGCAAGGUCAGAAUCACAUGGGUGGAGGACAGAUGCAUGGUCAGUCCAACUUGGCAGGUCAGAUGCCUCAAGGUCAAGGACAAACUCCAAACCAAAUGCCAAAUCAGAUUUCUGGACAGAACACAAUGCCAAGCAGUGGACCAAUGGGAGGACAGAUGCAGAAUCAAGGGCCGAUGCCAUCACAGGGAUCCAUGGGUAACCAAAUGCAGGGUCCAAGUCCAAUGAGCGGCUCAAUGCCCUCCCAGGGCCAGAUAAGUGGGCCCAUUCAGGGCCCUGGGCCAGCUGGAGGUCAGAUGCAAAGUCAAGGCUCAUUUGGAUACAAUUCGCCCCAGUACUGAAAAAAAGACUUGCCUCCUUAAAAAGUCAUAUAGAUCUGAAACAGAAGUGGACAUUGUUGACUGGGUCAUCCUGUAAAAUCUUGAAGACUUUUAUUCAAUGAUUAUUUCACUAUCAUGUUUGAUAGGUUGUAUUUCUAUAGCCAAAUUUACCAGCAUUUAUUGUAUCUUAUAUAAUCUUUAUAUACUCAUAUUGUAUUGUUUGUACAGGAAUAUAAUUGAAAUGUGUCAAGUAAGCUAGUAGUGAGUUUGGGUUUGGGUACAAAUGUAAGCAUACCUAUAAGUAUAUAAGUAUCAUAUGUAAUGUCUCAAGACUCCACAGUAAUCAGGCAAUAUUUAUCAAAUUCCCUGGCCCUGGUCGGUCUAGUCAGAAUUGUUGAGACGCUUUUACAGGUAUGAAGGAGAGACAAGAGAAUCUCAUAUUUUGUACAGAAUCUUGAAAAAAUUAUAAAUAUAGACCAGUGUGACCUGACUGAACAACAAUACUCUGUUGUAGUGGUUGGUUCUAACUGGUUGAUAUAUUACUGAAAAUCACUUAGAUUUUACAAAUACAUGAUUUCAUGAAUACUGAUUUAGAAAUGACUGUAAAAUUCGCAAAUGAUGUGCUAUUUGAAUCGUGGACUCUACUUGAAUCUAUAUCGGUAACCGAAAGCUUGGCCACCAUCCAAAGGUGUGAUUUUCAUACAGAUAAUUGAUUUUAAUUCGUCUCGCGUAUAAAGGCGAAAAUAAAUCUGACAUGAAUUAUAAAUGAUUUACAGUAAAUCAAGACUUGUAAAUAGAAAAUUGGGUUUCCAAAGAAUAAUCAAAGAGUGCUUCUUUACCAAAUUUACUUUUCUGUAAACUACAUUUCAAGCUCGAAGUAUACAUCUCAAAUUAAAAAGUGCAUAUCUCUGGGGACAGGCUGCAAAACAUCUACUGUUGAGGAAUACUUGUCCAAGUUUAGAUCUGAGCUGUUUGCCACUUCUUUCAUUACAAAUUCUUUGAUAGCUUUCAUCCUGAACAUCAGGUGUCUAUGGAGAUCUUAUUUUCAAGAAUUUUUAGGUCAAAAAUAUUUUUUGUUGAGGAAAACCUUAAAAAGAUAUUUGUUACAAAAAAAAAUGACCUUGAAAUGAAUUUUGAUCGAACUGACCCUGUAACUUCUGAGUUGUCCUUGUAUAUAUUUUGUUAAGUAUUUGUAAUCGUUGUAUCCAGUAUAUGUUGGGUUAUGUAUAAAUAAGGUCUAUAAGCCGAGGCUUAAUGACAUUAAAAACCUUAUUAAGGUGAGGCUUAUUGGCAUUAAGAACAUGAUAAGUAUUUUUAGAUGUUACAACACACAUAUGUGUCAAAUAUUGAAAAAAGAUCAAAUGAAAUUCAUUUUAGCAGUAAUUAUGCUCAAAUUAUAAAGAAAGGAGAAAAAAUUGAUAUUUUAACUAAAACCACCUAGUAUUUGUAUGUUUGACUUUGAGUUGCAAGCUGAAUUAAUGAAAUAUUCUGGGAUGUGUUCAAUGGCCAAUGGUUAUAAAGUUUAUAUAUUCAAUAGACAAAAAUAAUUGCAAAGGCUUUCGAAUCUGAAUUAAAUGUCAAAAAUAUGUUUCUUUUAUAAUUCACCGUUUUGUUACAUUAUUUUUGGUGCUUUUAGAACAGCAUUUCUGGGUGUUAGCAAAAUAUUUAAUUAAAAGCUUUUCUUUUCGGACAUUAUCAUCGGAAUGAUGAAUUUGAUGACAGCGAUGGAAGUGUACAUGUAUAUGUCUGUAAACCCUGUUAGUCUUGUAUGGUUAACAUAUACCCCAGUAUGUAUGCCUCGUGUAGUAGAGAUCAUAUUGGUCUCCUACAUGGAUUUUGGAUUAAAUGGUGUUGAGAAAAUAA